UUGACUCUGUGGGAGCUCGAGCCCCCAGCAGCAGCAGCAGCAGCAGCAGCAGAAACGCCCUGCAUCCUCCUCUCCUCUCCUCCGACAUCCAUCCCCCGGCUCUCCACUGCUCCUCCAACCGCGGAGGAGCCACUCUGAGCGGGAAGGAACACGAACCAAACCUCGCUGGAAGAAAUGGCCUUUUAACACUUGAAAGAAUAACCCAGAAGACACAUGGAUCCUUUGCCUCUUUCCUUCCUCCACCUCCUCCCCCUCCUCCUCGUCGCUUCCCUGAGCUGCGUCCCCACUUCUGCUGACAGGAGAUUCGGUUGCCUUUUUGAGAGCGAGCUGUGCUCACCAUACGAGAUCUGUGUCAACGAUGGCAUGUUUGGGAGGUGUCACUCUGUUCCGGUGAAGGAGGUUUACACCUACGAUGUCUCCCCAUCCGUAGUCCAGCGAUUCAGGACGCUGCUGGAGAAGCUCUCCAACAGAGGUUUGACCUGGGAAGAUGACACCACUCAGCAGGUUUUGUCCAAGGAGUUAUCCAAACUGAGGAGGAUUCCCUACAGGCCACAGCAGAAUGCACCUGUCUACACCGGCACCCGGCCGGCAGCUGAGGCGAUGGACCCAGUAGACCAGAGGGUGAAGCCAGUGGAGGUGGAGCUCAGCAGAAAUCUGCAGACAUACCUCCAACGUCUCGGCCUCCUUCCCAAAACAUCAUCUGCCUCCAGUCUAAGCACCCAGAGCAAGAGUGACCGUUUCCAGUCAGGCGUACCUGCAGACCUUUAUCGCUCCAAGGCCCAGACUUCGGCUCAGAGGUCGUCUCCCUCCAGCUUUUCUCCCCUUUCAUCUUUCUUACCUCUACAGAAGCAGAGACCUCCAGGUGACCAGCUCCUCGCCACACAGGCUGAGGGUGACCUUCUCCUUGGUGCCCUGAGGCAGUACCUCUCCGAGCAUCUCUCCCUGCACCGUGGUGGGGUGAGCCCCGAGGGGCAGGAGGCCCCCUCAUCCCGCCUGAGGCCCUUCUACAACAACGGAAUAGAAAAUUCUGGGCUCAAAAAGGAAACGGCGAAAUCCAGGCUUCUAAAAUUGGGGAGAACUCAAGGGGCUUCAGUCAAGGACCCACUAACGUCUGUUGAUGAGAGGUUCAUCGAGAAAGUUUUGAAAAACGCUGGCAGGCAACACGUGGAUGUGGAUGACCUGACGCCACAGGACUUGGACAAACUGUCCAGCCUGAUAGCUGAUGCUCUGCAGGUGGUUGACCACGACAAGGGACUAAACGCGGGCUUGACCCGGGUUAGACCUGGACCAAGAGACCUGGGGGGAGAGCUGAGCGACAGGGAGAAAGAAGAGGAGGCUGCCAGGGAUGUGGAAGAGGACAAGUUGCUUCAGAAUGCUCCGACACUGAAACCACAGGAGAGCACUCCUAUAGCAACACUUCAAGAGCACCACACAGAUACAGAGGAGCAAAAUGUGAAGGACAAGCCUGAGAGUGGAAACCUCUUCUCUAAACUUCUCGCCUACCUGGACAAAACUACCUUCAACGCCUCUCCUUUUGCAAGAAAUGGGAACAACAUGGAGACAACCAGAGCCAAACAGGUGGGGCUGGAAAACGUCCAGAGUCGGACCAGCGAGGCAGGGGUGACGGUGCAGAAGAAGGACGCCACCCAGUCUGUGGAGGAGGUGUCGGAGGUGGAGGGCUGGAUCAAGGAGGUGGCGCCCCCUCCUGCUUCGCUUGUGUAUGGGGAUCUGCACAAGAAGACGAUGCACGUUCCCGAGCUUCAGCUGGACGUCAAAGCCAGCAGGAAGAAGGCCGACGAUGAUGUCUUCGGCUACGUCAUCACCGACACAGAUGGGCUGCAGACAGACGAAGGCCUCCACCUGAUGCAGAUCCUGGCUCGCAGGGCUAAAGUCCAGAUGGCCGACUUUGCGGAGCUCUCGGUGGUGGGCCCUGCUGUGACCUUCAAAGUGAGCCCAAACCCUCAGAACGUCAGCACCGCAGAUGUGGCCAAUGUGGCUGUUCAGCAGAAAGUGGCUGUGGAGAAGGAAGCCAAGCUCAGCAUCCUGGAGGCCGGGGUCGCUGAUGAAAGCCAGAUCAACCAGAUCCCAACCAAGUACAGCCAGGCAGAGUCCACUAAGUUCCUCAUCCUCACUAUUGUGUCCAUCCUGUGCAUCGUUGGUGUUCUGCUGGCCUCCACCGUGGUCUACUGCCUCCGCCACCGCUCCCACCACAAGCUCAAAGAGAAGCUCACCAAUCUGGGAACAGACACCGGCAGCGAUGCUACCGCCACCUAUCAGGAACUCUGCCGGCAGCGUAUGGCGGUCAAACCUCCGGCUGAGCGUACAGAGCCCAUCUCCUCCAGAAUCAACAGCGUGUCAUCUCAGUUCAGCGAUGGCGGUCCAGCCGUCAGCCCCUCGGCACGGAGCAGCAUCUCCUCCUGGAGCGAAGAGCCCGCCCACUCGAACAUGGACAUCUCCACCGGUCACAUGAUACUGUCCUACAUGGAGGAUCACCUGAAAAACAAGGACCGCCUGGAGAAGGAGUGGGAGGCGCUGUGUGCUUAUCAGGCAGAACCCAACGCCUGCACCAUCGGCCUGAAGGAUGGCAACGCCAAGAAGAACCGCUCCACUGCUGUUGUGGCAUAUGAUCACUCCCGAAUCACCUUGAAGGUUGAGAACAGCCAAGGCAACUCUGAUUACAUCAAUGCCAGCGCGAUCAUGGAUCAUGAUCCCAGGAACCCAGCCUACAUCGCCACACAAGGACCCCUGCCCUCCACUGUGGCUGAUUUCUGGCAGAUGGUAUGGGAGAACGGCUGCGUGGUGAUUGUUAUGCUGACGCCUCUUGUUGAGAGCGGGGUGAAGCAGUGCUACCACUACUGGCCCGACGAGGGAUCCAACCUGUAUCACAUCUACGAGGUGAACCUGGUGUCCGAACACAUCUGGUGCGAUGAUUUCCUGGUUCGUAGCUUCUACCUAAAGAACAUGCAGACCAACGAAACACGAACUGUCACUCAGUUCCACUUCCUGACCUGGCUAAACCAAAACGUUCCGGAGACCAGCCGGACGCUCCUCGACUUCCGCAGAAAAGUUAACAAGUGCUACCGGGGACGCUCGUGUCCUAUCAUAGUCCACUGCAGUGAUGGUGCUGGAAGAAGUGGGACUUACAUCCUGGUCGACAUGGUCCUCAACAAGAUGGCUAAAGGUGCCAAGGAGAUUGAUAUUGCAGCGACUCUGGAGCACCUGCGGGACCAGAGGCCAGGAAUGGUUCAGACCAAGGAUCAGUUUGAGUUUGCAUUGACGACCGUUGCGGAGGAAGUAAAUGCCAUUCUGAAAAAUCUUCCACAGUAGGAAGGUGCACCUCCUUCUGAUGGACCGGCUCCUCCUCUUCUUCCUCCUCCACUCCAGACAGCUUGUCUUCUCUGUCCUCUUCUCUCCCAUCCCGUCCUAUCUUUGCCUACCUAAUCCUUUUCACCUCCUUGUUUUCUCCUAUUAUCUCUUCGCAGUCCAAAGCAGCACAUUCACACCCACGGCAGUCCGCUUCCCUUCAUUUUAUUCCCUCUUGUCCUGUCUCUUUUUUCAUUGCAUCUCAUUCCCUUACUUUUAUAAAAUCCUUCUCCAUUAUGUCUUUUUUUUUUUAAAUGUGUCCUCUGUUCAUCUUCAUUUCCAUGCUUUGUCCUCUUGUCUACUUUUGCCUCCCUUCUUUCCACUCCUCCUCCUUUCACUUCUCCUCAUCUCCCCCUCCCCUUCCAUCUUAGUGAACAUUGUGCCAGGAAACCGUUGAACCAGUCUUGUACAUAGGUAGACCUUCCUUCUAUUGUAAUGAUCCACGCAGCCUGUUUUCCAAAGGGAUAUUUAAACACAUUUUCAUAGAUUGAAUGUGUAUGGUCUGUUAAGAGUAUAUUUAUCAUAGUUGUGUUUCUAAAUGAAGGUUACCUUCAUGGGCAUCAGUUGGGUAUGGCAGGAUUUGGCACUUAGCAUCACAGUGUAGUUGGAUCUUUAAGUCCUGGCAAUCCCUGAUCUCUAGAAUUGAUUUAUGACCAAUAUCACUUCAAUCAAGUGAAUGGAUUUUUAUUUUUUACAUUAUAAAUUGGAUGAAUUUAGGUUUUAGACUGUUGGUUUGGCAAUACUAGCAAUUUGACACAUUGGGUUUGGGGGAGUUGCAAUGUGCUUUUUCCCCAAUAUUCUGGCUAAAUAAUAAGGGGAUUAAUAGAAAAAAUAAAGACAUUAACCAAUAAUCAUCACUAGUGGCCCAAGAUAUGAUUCUAAUUUCCUAAAUUAUGUUCAAUGUGAGUAUUUGCCAUUUUGCCAUUUUACUGAAUUGACGCCCUUGUUUCGAGUGUGUGCGUGAGAUGUUGUAUCACUAAAUCGUAUCGUCGGGUUUUUAGUGCCAUGCUUUCUGAUAUGUUUUCAUGCAGUACAUUAGAGUGUCACAUUGCAUCUCAUCAGUGCCCGGUAUCGUAGAUAUGAGACAAAAUACUCACAGGAAUGUUUCCAUCUCCGGCUGAGGAUAAUUAUUCUUAACAGUAAGUGAUGAAAAACUGCCAAUAGGGUGUUGGGUGUUCCAAAAUGUGUGGCAACGCCGUAUUUUCCAUAUAUUUUAAGAAAAAUUUAAAACACGCUGAUACUGAAUGUGAGGUUUAAUAACAUAUAGAUAUAAUUUUGUAAUUUUCAUUAUCUUAGUGGAAGCAAUAUUGUGUUUCUUCAACCUGAAUCUUUCACUCGCGUGGACAACCAACAUCGUGGCUUGUCAGUGAAGUUACACUUGUGUCUGCCUUAAUAAAAACACAGUAGAUGGACUGGUAAAUGUGCACAGUCAGUUGGAAAAGAGGCUAGUGUGUAACGCUUCAUUUUAAAAUGGCCUUAUUCCAGCGGAUUAACCUGUGGAUUAAAGGUUUGCUGUGCUGCUACUUAAUGAAAAUCCCUCCGAUAAACACUGGCGAACACGCAGUCUUUAAUAAUCUGGGGGCAGGACGUUAACUUCUGUCCAAAAGUUUGUGAGAGUCUUUGAUUGAGUUCAACAGCAGUAAUCACGUGUACUUUAAAUAAUGAAUUAUUAAUUUCAACCACAGAACAUUGGAAUGAGACCAUUAUAAAAUUAUGUGUUUCUAAUCAGUACUUUCCUGUUAAAAGAGGAUGGUCUUGCUUCAGAAUAGCAGUUCUUCUAUGUAGCAUUAAUGGAUGAUUUGUACAUGUACAGUAGCUAAACCUGUAUUGCAUUGAAAACGAGUUUGUGGUGACACUUGCCAGCUGGUUUUCCCAAAAGCAUCUUGAGACUAACAAGGUUUUUGUUCUGUUGAAAGGAGCAAAGGCAGCAUUAAAGGACCAUACCAGUGAUACCAGUUGCAUGUUUUAGCCCAUUUACUUUACCCAUACUUUGAAUUUCUGCUAACUAAAUCAUGUUCCACUGUUUCACAUUUCUGAACAUUUCUGUCUAGUCUAUCAGCACACUAAAUAUUGUUACAAGAUUAUGCAGAGAGGACUGUAAGUAUUCACUUACAACCACAUUACCACCAAAAAAUAAUUGAGCUUAUAAAAAAAACAAUUCUAUUGUAAUUAUAUGUAGAUUUGUAGAUGUGCAAGUUUGAGAAGUAUGCUAAUUGAUUAUCAUAGUGUAUGGAAAUGAGUGGAAACCAAUGGCUGCCUAGAAAGCAGACAGAUUACACUGAACAUCUGAAACUCUCUGGCAUGCAUUCACAAAUUGCCAGCAGUAAUGAGAAGUAUAAAUGCUUUGUAUUUAAGAAGGGGGGGGGGGGGGGCUUUAAGAUAUGAUCAGUCCUACAGUCUGUAUCCAUUGGUGCAUGUUUGUGCUUGGCUUAAUUAAGAUUCACACUGCACAAUUAAAAGGCCUCCACAGGCUUGAAAACAAAUGUCACAUCACUCACAAGUGGCCUGUUGGUAACCUGUCGAAUAUGAGCAUCAGACCUGAGAUCAUUUUGUUUUUCUUGGCUUUCUAAUCACAAAGGAACUUUUAGCCGUAAACCACUGUGUUUGUGCUCAUUAACCCUUGGGUUUUAGGGUAAAUUCUUGUUGACUGGGAUUACAUUCAAAGCUAGUUCUAAGAUAACAAGAGCUCCAGGUUCAACUGAACAAAACACAACUAACAUACUUGGAGUGAACACACCCAUUAUCUAAAGAUGACUUUGGGAAACCAACUCAUAGUUUGUGUAAAAUUAACUUAAUUUCACUACUUUACAGGCAGUAAAUGAACAGUUUUAUCCUUCAAAUUCUAAUUUUGUUUGUUCAAUCUUAUUUGUAUCAAGUAUGUUACUAGUGCAUGGCUAUUUAUUCAACAAAUGAGUGUGCUGUACUUUCCUGUGGCCUCAAGACGAUCUCAGCAAAUCUCUUCAAGCAAACAGCAAAUGGUUGGUUUAUCUCUUCACUUUAUUUCAGACCAUUUAUUGCACAAGCAGCUCCAAGGAGAGCAAGAGCCAAGGAUUAUCAUCUCUAAACUGUGCAGAUCAUGGUUAAAGCAAGUUGAAAGGUGGUGCAGUGUCAAUAUGAUGUAACACUGCAGCAAGCUGGUGUCAUGUUGUUUGAAUCUACUCCAUUUUUCAUCACAAAUACAUGCUGCAAGAAAUUCUCCUUAUAACAGCUUGUUCAAAGUAGCUAGACAUUGUAUUUUUUACUGUUAUGUAUGUUUUAAAAAUGUGGAAAUAAGUGAAAACUGAUUCUACUGGCCAUAUUUCCCAAUGCUGUUCUUUCUUUCACACACUCCAGGAAGAUAGCUGGUCUGUUGCAUUAACACUGUACAUAAACAAAAAAAAAAGAAAAGAAAAGAAAAGAAAAAACAACAGAAGAUAUUUUGUUCUAUCGGUGUAAACGACUUGUGAAUAAAGUCUCAUCGUCAAUGCAGUAUUGUAAUGCAACCCUGA